AUGCGUGAACCGUCCACGGCCUUAAAGAAACCUGGCUCACCAGGUCAGGGGCGCCAACCAGGUUGCGCACGCGCAGAGGCCGCAAGGGCAGCUGGACGUCGCCCAGCCAUACUUCCCAUUGCCUCCAGCUGUUGCACAGAGGUUUCACAUCACAUUUCCAGAAGGCUUCUGGAAAGAGUGAAUACGUGUCGCAUCCAGAGAGCUGAUGGGGAUUGUGACUUGGCUGCUGUCAUACUUCAUGUCAAGCGCAGAAGAAUCUGUGUUAGCCCGCACAACCAUACUGUUAAGCAGUGGAUGAAAGUGCAAGCAGCCAAGAAAAAUGGUAAAGGAAACGUUUGCCACAGGAAGAAACACCACAGCAAGAGGAACAGUAACAGGGCACAUCAGGGGAAACACGAAACAUAUGACCAUAAAACUCCUUAUUAGAGAGUCUACAAAUGAAUCUACAGAGACAAUUCCUCAAGUGGACUUGGCCAUGAUUGGUUGUAAGUUUAUCAUCUGAAUUCUCCUUAUUGUAGACAACAGAACAAAACAAAAUAUUGUUUUUUAAAAAAUGAACAAUUGUGUGGUAUGCAAAUGUAGCCAAUAAUAUACACAACUGGAAGAUGAAAUGAAAAGAUAAUGCUGGCUGGGUACGGUGGUUCACAGCUGUAAUCCCAGCACUUCGGGAUGCUGAGGCAGGAGGAUCACUUGAGUCCCGGAGUUUGAGACCAGCCUGGGCAACAUAGCAAGACCUCAUUUCUACAAACAAAAAAACAUAGGCAUGGUAGUACUUGCCUAUGAUCCCAGCCACAUGGGAGGCUGAGGUGGGAGGAUCACCUGAGUCUGGGAGAGUUUGAGGUUGCAGUGAGCAGCGUGGUGACAGAAUGAGACCCUGUCUCUAAAAAUAAUAAUAAUAAUAAUAGUGCUUAUCUUCAUAUAAUAUUUUAAGAGGAGCAUAUAGAUAUAACUUCUCACAACUUUUUAAUUAUAGUUUUCCAAACUUACAGAGAAGUUAAAAGAAUGGUACAAUGAACAUCUAUAUAUCUUUCACCUAGAUUAAUCAUUGUUAAUAUUGUGUCACAUUUGCUUUCUCUCUCCUCUCUUUGUAUGUGUUUCUAUAUAAAAUAUUAUAACUUUUAAAAUAUACCUUGUUUGCUAAACCAUUUGAAAAUAAGUUGCAAACAUCAUGGCACUUCACCCCUAGUUUCUUUUUGGUGUUAUAACUUGACAUACUCUAAAAUAAAGACAUUUUUCUACCUAAUCACAUUGUCAGUUUUAUACCUAAAAAAUUAACAAUUUCAUCUCAUAUAUUCCAUAUUCAAAUUUUCCCAACUAUUUAGAGAGCAUUUUAUGUAGUUUUUUUUCAAUCCAGUAAACAAUCAAGGUUGACAUACAUACUGCAAAUAAUUGUUAUUUUUCUUUAAUGUCUUUCAAUCUAAUAAAGUUCCUCUGCCUUUUUUUUCAAUUUUUAAUAUUAUUUUGUUGAGGGAGGGUCUUGCUGUGUCUUCCAGGCUGGAGUGCAGUGGCACAAUUUUGAUUUUGGCUCACUGAAGCCUCAACAUCUGGGGCUCAAGCAAUCCUCCCACCUCAGCCUCCCGAGUGUCUGGAACUAGGUGCAUACCCACCACACCUGGCUAAUUUUGUUUAUUUUUUGUAGAGACAGGGUCUCACUGUGUUGCCCAGGUUGGUCUCAACCUUCUGGGCUCAAGCGAUCCUCCCACCUUAGCCUCCCAAAGAACUGGGAUUAUAGGUGUGAGCCACAGUGCCUGGCCUAAUUAUUUUCUUAUAAUCAAAUUCAGGUUUAAUGUUUUUGGUAAGAAUUUCCUAUGUGAAUUUAUAUACUUAUUUUGUCAGUUAGAGUUCAUAAAUAUUAGAGGUUUUUUCUAAAUAGAAAAGUGUAAACUAAAUAUAACUUCAAAACAUCUAGUUUGAGUA